UGUAUAAUAUAUUUUAAUCUUACCGAUACAUCAUGAUGGAUAUGGAGAUGAAUGCUGAACUCGACGGUGCUGAAAGUGAAAGCAGUCAACCGUCCUCGGAAGGAAGUUCAGCAAGUAGCACAUUUUGUAUUUUGGAAAAAGAUUAUGCAAAGAUAACGAAACAAAUGAGUGCUAAUGAGGCACUGGCACCCUUUGAAACUGAAUACACAAGGCUUUACGAAUCCUUGUACAAAGCCCAUAGAAAUGAAAAGGAACUAUCGGAACAAUGCAUGUUGCUCAAGAAUGAAAUUGUAGAUAACACGCAUAAGAUAAAUGAACUAAAAGAAGUAGUAGAGGCUUAUCAGGACGAUAUAGCUCAAUUGAAACAGGAAGUCACAAAAAUGACGAAAUUAGCGGAUGCGGCACAUGCGCGCGAGCAAAAUGCACAGGAGAUGAUUGAGAAUUUGCGGCUAAAUAUUACGAAACUGGGCCUAGAAAUCGAGCAAAAGAACAAACAACUAGCAGCUGAGAAAGACAUCACAGUUAGCAAGAAAACGGAGAAUCUUUUGAAAGAAAGGGAGAUUCUCAUUGACAAAUACGUUUUUUUUAUCGACAACAUAGCCAUCAUAGGAAAAUUUUACAAAAACUUGAAAGAGAAAGAGUCCUUAAGCGUGGAACUCAAGUAUACCGCUAGAUAUAUCAGAUUGCAGAUGAAUGUACAACUAACAGUAUGUUGCUUGUUAGCAUAUCUCUCACAACUUACUUGCGUAUCUCAAUCAAUUCUUACGCUGUUAGCAUGA